AUGUUGUUCACCACGGCUACUCCCGUCAGCCUUACGGCUAGCCUCACCUCAGGAUAUCUCGUUGCUUCCCCUGGCACUGCCGCCCCCGGGACGACUGCAUCCUGUAGCAAAUGGACGUCUGCAAUUUCCGGCAUGACCUGUGCGAUGGUGGAAAACAUGUGGGAAGUCACGGAGGCCGACGUUGAGCCUUGCAACCCUUUCACCCUCCAAGUCGGAACAGGCUGCAACCUGGCUGCUGGGUUCUACUACUGCGUCCAGGUGAACUUCGGCGGCGCUUGCAACACCACCACCACGACCUCGACUACCUUUGUCACGUCGACCACCCCAUCGACCACCACCGCUGGCAAUGGCAUCAGCACGCCCGACCCGAUCCAGGCGGGUAUGGUGUCCAACUGCAAGUCCUUCCACAUGGUGGCUGGUGGGGACCAAUGUGACAGCAUUGCCUCGGCGGCGGGAAUCUCGCUUGCCAACUUUAAUUGUUGA